GAUCUCGCUGCUGCACUUUGUCACCACACCUACGCCGCUCACGGACACCACGCAUGUCUCGCCUCCUGCAGCUGCUCGCCAUUGUAUUGGCUACUGCGGCAUCUCUGCCCGCUGUGCAGGGUGCGAACGCUACGCUGAUCCAUGCCUGUAAUGAGGAAAGGAACCGCCACUGCUUCUACACUCCUCGUGGAGAAUACCUCGCUCAUCCUAACAGCAUCGACCUCACCGAUGAUGACAAGCUGCUUUGGCUGGAAACCGAUGAGACCGGCGCGACCACAUAUCUCUUCGACGAGGGGUCUCACGGCAGCUUCGCCGUCAGCUGCCUGAACGGUGGCGGCAGGAAUGGUUUCUACUUCUCGCUGAACCGCAGAUACUCGGUCAUCACCCACGCCGCUUUGUCGUCUGGUAAGGCUACGGUCGCUUUCAAUGACGCGAUGUCCACGCAGGUGAAGUCCAGGCGCGUGAUUGCAGCGGACCUUUCGGCCUGAUAACCUGUGCUUCGCCCUCUUAAAUUUAUAGCCGCUGGGAAAGCCA